UUUCCUAAAGCAAAAUUCUACUUCUCAAGCACGCCAGGCAUAGGAUCGUAUUUUCUUUCAAAAAUGGCUUCGAUGUAUUGCAGAUUGGCAUCGUCGAAGGUGGGCUUGCAAGUUUUUGAAUUUCUAAGAGAAAAAGACCCUAGCUUUGUUCUAGAAAUGGACGUUUACUCUACGUCGCUGUGGAUCAACAAGGAUACAAACCUUUUAGGAUUGCUUGCAAAGGAUUUAAUAUCCACAGCACCAAAUCAUUACAUUACUUGGUCUGUUAUAGGAAAUUACUACUCGCUAAAUGGGAUGCCCAAGGAAAGUACCACGUGUCUUAUGAAGAGCCUCAGCAUUCUGGAAAACCCCUUUGCAUAUUCGCUCUUAGGAUUUGAGUUCAACAUCAGAAGCCAGUAUUUGGAGGCACAGAACUACUUUAAGUCUUCACUUUGCAUGCUGGAAAAUAACGACAAAGCCAACUUUGGACUGGGAGUUGCAUAUAGUGAGACAUCAAAGCGGGCGGCAGCAGAGGCGUAUUUCAAGAAGGCACUAGCAAUAAAUCCCAGUAAUCUCAAUAUGAAAGCAUUUUU